CGUUCCGACUCUUGGGUCCGCUUCCCCCGCUCAAGCAUCUCACCCUGCAUCCUCCGGGCGAGUCAGCCCUCAGUGGUCCGCUCUAUCUCAAGAACUACAGGCCAAAUGAGCACGCAAAGAGAGGAUUCGAUUCCUCACGAACUCCGGACGGCUGCAGAGCCCCGGCAAAAUAGACUCCAUCCGGUGAGGCUAUCGCAUAUUGAGCAGGUCAACCCCUCUGUUCGACUGCUACAAUUUGCUCUACCUCCCCAGGAGAACAAUGGUAACAAUCAACAGCCAUUUAGCUUCCUUCCGGGUCAAUGGCUUGAUGUCCAUAUCCCCUCAAUCACCCAAGCAGGGGGGUUCACCAUCACGUCCACCCCUGCAGAUGCACAAAUACUGCCAUCACCAGAGGAUUCCAUAGAUUCACUAGCUGGCGAAGCGCUGGAGCCCUCAUCGGAAUCACAAGGGCGACCACCAUAUGUGGAAUUGGCUGUCCAAAACUCGCCGGCUAAUCCCUCCGCUGCAUGGCUAUGGAGACCCAAAGAAAAUAUCCUCGGAAAGGAGCUGAACAUCCGAGUUGGGGGAAGCUUUGUCUGGCCGCCUACCGGUAUUAGUAUCAGUGAUGUUAAAAAUGUAGUCUUCGUCGCUGGCGGUGUUGGCAUCAACCCUUUGAUAUCCAUGUUAUCCCACUUGAACAAUAACGAGCCCCACACCCCCAACCCAAAAACCAUCCGCAUCUUAUACUCCAGCCGCCUACUGCAAGACCAUGAAACAGUCACCGCAGAGACAGCCCUAGACCAAGUAUUGUUUCUUCCGCGUCUCCGCCAGAUCAUCCGGUCUCAAGAGAGCUCACAUCGGCUCCAUAUCUCACUGGACCUUUUCCUUACGGACUUGGGCUCGUCAUCUAGUCUGCUCGCGUCUGGGUCACCUUCUGGUAUUAAGAUUCAUUCAGAGAGAAUAUCUGAUCGUGACCUGCGUGCUGCGGCUACGGGUGAAGAUGGCGAGUUGGAUCCUCAGGGCACAGUGUGCUAUGUGUGUGGACCUCCUGCGAUGACCGAUGCGGUGGUGGAGAAAAUGGCUCAGAUGCUAGGAGAAGUCGGGGAGCAGCGUGUUUUCUUUGAGAAAUGGUGGUGA